AAAAUUUAUCCUAUAGUAAAAAUCACGGGGCAGUGUUUGUUUAGUAAGAUGGAAUGAAGCAUGUGCGGCGUUAGGGCAUCGUCUGUGGAGUGGUAGCGGUGGUGGUGGCGGUAGUAGUGGUGGUGGUGACGGCGGAGGGAGAGCGGGGGGAGAGGAGCCGCAACAUGCUGGCUUGCCUGGCGGGGCGGCAGUCUUGUGGCCGCGCUGGGCCUGACCACUCAUCUCCUGCGAAUCAGCCCCGACUCUCUCCCGCCAGCACUCUUGCGCCCCCACGCAUCGACGGACUGUGGUUGAGCAGUGUAAUGAGUGCGAGCAGGACGUGGGAAUAGUGUAACAGCACGAAUUAGUGACUCAGUACAUUUUUUUCUGUGAUAGUAUGUGAUAGUGCAGCCAGUGUGGCGGUGAGCAUGAUGCAGCCCAUUGUUAGCGGAUACAUGGGCGUCCAAUCUCCCCUGGACGGUGGCCGUGCUGGGGUCCUGAGUCCCCCGACGCAGAUGUCGCCUCAGCCCGUCAGUUCUCCCUCAGGAGGCUCCUCAGCCUCGCCCAUGGCGUGUGGCGGCGCCUACAGCAGUGAUCGCUCCACGCGUGUCACCCACAUGGCCAACGGCGCCCUCAUGACACGCACCCUGCACAUGGCCCCCACCACCACCAGCGUGCGGGGACUACACUCUGGCCACGGCCGCCGACACCCCGUCAUGAACCCUUACCCUCACGCGCACCUGCGUGGGACGCCGAUGGAAACCAGCAGCACCAGCGGCGGCGCCCGUCGAGUGCAAACUGGACAGCAUCUGGUGAGUGACGCGUCGUGGGUGGCGAGCCGGAGCCACGCGGGUGUGUAUGGCUCAGAUGACUUCAACCAGGACUCGCCGCGGUACACGUCGCCCAAGCCCGGCGGCCUCUAUGGGGACUCCUACUUCAUGGAGGGUGGAGGCAGCGAUGUCUGGGGAGCAACUGGGGGUGGCGGGAGCGGAGCAGCAGCAGCAGCGGCAGUGGCAGGAGCCAUGGGGAGUUAUCCCUACCCCUCACCGUCCAUGAUGGGCCCCUCCUCCCACCUAUCACAGCCACACUACAUGGCCCCUCACCUCCCUGACCACAUGGGUUAUGAAACCAUGGCCUCAGGCUUGCCACCCAUGUCAUCAUUCCGAGGGCCAGGUGCAAGCAGCACAACAGGAGGCGGCUCAGUGGCCACCUCCUCACCACUCUACACACACUCCCCUGUGCCUAACCACACCCAGGCCACAGCCACAGCAAAUACUGGUGACACACUCGGCAAAGCAUUAUCUUCUAUUUACCCCGGCGAGCAGACAUCCAGCAGCUACAGCAGUAACCCCGGCACCCCUGUGUCGGCCACCUCCCCGCCACCCCUCACCUCCGGCGCCACCAGUGGGGCCCCCCAGCAGUGGCCACAGCCUCACACGCCCACCUCACCUCACUUUGAUCGUUCUCUUCCGAUGCCACGUAUGGCAGAGGAGAACUUAGAGUCCGCAAUCGACUACCUACGAGAUAUUGAGGGAUCAAGAAUAGAUGAGAGAUUGGAGGAUGCUGUUAAUGUGCUACAGCGCCACGCAGAAACCACAGGUGGUCUACCAGGGGCUGGAGGUCACCUUGGGCCGUCCUCCCAUGGAGGCUCCCUCCCUCCCUACCCAUCUGCUCUAGAUUCACAUCUUGGAGCCCCACCAAAUUCCACUUUCACAACAUUGGGGUCCCAUUCUCAAGACCUAAAAGGCCUUGUUUCAGGUUUAGGCGACAGCUCCAAGGACAAGCUGGACAUCAAGACGGAAGAUCUCUCCUCGCACCUUCCCACCACCACUGUGGCGGGGUCUAUGCCAGCUGGAACUAAGGGUGGCAAACGGUCACGAAGUACGGAGGAGGACGAAUGUGCAGACCCAGAAACUAAAGCCUUAAGAGAGAAGGAGCGGCGCCAGGCCAACAAUGCGAGGGAAAGAGUACGAGUACGUGAUAUAAAUGAAGCAUUUAAGGAAUUAGGUCGUAUGUGUAUGAUCCAUUGUAAGAAUGAUAAGGCGCAGACCAAGCUUAACAUUUUGCACAUGGCUGUGGAGGUGAUCACCACACUGGAGCAGCAGGUUAGAGAACGAAAUCUGAAUCCUAAGGCAGCUUGUCUGAAGCGACGCGAAGAAGAGAAGUCCGACGGUUCAAAGUUGCCGCCACCACACCUGCCGCACCACUCCAGUGUGGCACCACCCUACCCUAAUUUGCCCGGUGAUCAUCUAAGCCAUGGUGGUGCUGGAUCUCACUAGUAACCUGACCACCACUGGCAGCAGCUGUAGUCCAGCCCACCAAGGACUACAGUGGGGGUUGUGGAGGCCCCCACCCCUAGUGGGUGUAUUGAAAUACAGCUAAGCCACACUGAUGCCUUUGCGAGAGGGGCGCUGUGUGACACAUCCAUGUGGCAGGGGAUUGUGACUUAGGGCAAUUAUAUGUGUUUAGUGUAUAUUUUUUAAGCAGCCAAGAAUAUGGCAAGGGAUGGGACAGUAAGGAACUGUUGCUUAGGACACCAGGGAUCCCUAAUCCCCCUGCCCAGUGCAGCUCAGUGUGUGGUCUGAGUGCGAUCUUCCACAACAUAUCUCGCAGCCAAUCAUAUCACAGGCAGCCUAAGCUUGGUCAUGAUGUGACAGUGAAUGAAGCUUCACAUGCAUUGAAAUGUGCAAAUAUGCCAGUCUUGGUGUGUAUCUGAGCUCUUAAAGUGCUUGUGCAUAUUGAGCACUGACUCAAAAUUAAUACUUGAAAUUGGAAAGGUUUUACAAAGAGCAACAAGAUGCCUUGAAGUGUGAAGUGAAGCUGAAUAGUGCAGUGUUAUGAACUGAGUUGGCAUUAAGAACCAACCAUACACUCUGGGUUGGAAGUGAAGACCAAGCAAUGAACUUGACUGUAUUAGGUUUAGCAUUGUAUACAUAAUUAUUAUACAUUGUGUACAGAAUGACUCAUUAUUUUAUUAAAAAAACAUUUUUAGCUAGGUGAUUAUUCAGAAAAGAUUGAUAUAAUGAAUGCACAAUGCUAUAAUGAACAGAUGGUUUACAUCAUGGAAUAUGAUUCAGAAGCUAAAAUCAUAAAAGGUAGCUUCACAGUGUUGAGCAACUCCUCGUUUAAGUGCAUAAUUUUAGUGUAGUUGUUAGUGCUUCCCAUUUUCCUGUGUUCAUCUGCUGACUUUUAUUAAUAUAUAAUUUUUUUUUAUUUUAUACUCAUUAUUUAGACCUGGAACCCUGUGUCCACCUUUCUAUCAUGAGUGGAGGGAGGCCCACCAGUCCAGUGCCUCAACAUUGGUUAACUAUCUGGGGGAGUUAGUGAUAUUAAUUUUAUCAAUUAGCGAGAGGGCUUUACUUGUUGUUCAGCUAAGAAACAGCAGCUUGACAAAAAGUCUUGUGUAGCUUAUUAUUAGAUAUAUAAUCAUCUGGUUUUCAGCAAAGAAAGACUUUUCAAAAUUGCAGCUAAAUGUCAUUCAUAAAUUAUUGUGACAUGACAUUUUACAAAACUUAUGUUAAUCACUCAAUGGUGCAAAUUUCUGCAAUUUACACAUGCUAAAACAUUCCAAUUGAAGUGUCAUUGAACUUGUUGGUAAUUACAUCUGUGGUCAUUGACCAGGUAAUAAUCCCACUCAUCCUCUGACUGCACUUUCACAUUUCAUUAUGAAAAAAAUGUACAUAGCAGGUACAUGGUGGUGUUUGCACAUGUUAUCUUAUUAAUAUCCAGUUCUAUUGGAUAAUGUAUUACAAAUUACUGAACACAACCAUGACCCUGAGUUCUAUAUGCAGUUGACCUUCAGCAUCUGGCUGUCAGGUGCUGCGAGGCUCAGCUGUUGGAGAUCUCAAGCCUCCAGUGUGAUUUAUAUUUGCUUUAGGUACUUGACAAGAUAAUUUAGCUAAGAAUUGGUUGAAAGAUUAUUGAAAUUAUUGAAUUUUUUUUUAAUAUUUUCUUGUAGCGUGUUCUCAACUCUGUAGAUAUUAUGAUGGUUUGUUGAGAUAAUGUUUGAUAACAGGAGCAGCCAGCAUUAGUUUCACCAACUAAUUUUUAUCCUUGUGCAUUUUCAAAGAUUCAUAUUUAAGUAUUUUAACUCAGAAAUAUUCCAUCCAUCCUGGUAUGCCUGAGACUUGCAGGGGCCUUCGCUGUUCCCUGCAUCAACGCUCACUUGAUAAACUCUGCCAGCUCACCCAUGCUACCUUAAUUUCCCUUUCCCUUUCCUCCCUCCCCCCUCCCCCCCCCCCAGCUAUUAUGAUGGGGAGUGUUGAGUUCAGGCACCAGUUCAGUGUGCCUCAGAGCUUCCAGGCACUGCGGCACUUGACUCAGUCAAAUGACGUGAUGUGUACAAAUACUGUAAGACGAGUGCAGUGGGCGCUGUGUCAGCCCAUCCACGAGGGUACUCAACAUGAACUUCAUCUGUAGAAUAAUAAAUGUGCCAUUUUGCAA